UUUACUUUUUCUCGGAUUGCGUCAGCGGGAAGGUACUUGGAGCUGGUUGGCUAACGUUCUGGUCUCUAUGAGUGUGUGGACUCUGAACACCCUGCUCGAGAUUUCUUUCUCUCUCUCUACAUUGUACUGCUGCUGCUCUCUCUGUUUGACCCCCUCCAUCCAUGGAUACCUUGAAGCUCUGCAAAACUCCUCCUCUCUUCCUUUGCUUACUCUCUUCCUCUUCCCCUAGACCCUUCCUCUGCAACCAUGGUUUUAACUUCUUUCUCCCUCCUAACCCUAAUCCUAAAAGGCCCUCUACUGUGAAGCUCAAUUCUUUUGAUAUUCACCCAAAGCGCAGGAGCUCAGGCUCCAUGUCCUAUCGCUUGUUCAGGGCACAUGCAGAGGCUUCUGAAAGUAGUGUAAGCACGUUGGAGAAGGAUGGCGAUUCGCCUUCUUUUGAUCUGAACCUCGCAGUUGUGCUUGCAGGGUUCGCCUUUGAAGCGUACACAACUCCACCUGAAAAUGUAGGGAUUCGUGCAGUUGAUCCUGCUGAUUGUCAAACAGUGUUCCUGUCUGAGCAGUUUCUUUGUGAGGUAUAUGAUGGGCAGUUGCUUAUUAAGUUGAAAAAGGGUUUUGAUUUCCCUGCCAUGGAUCCUUGGGGAACAAGUGACCCAUAUGUUGUCAUUCAAUUUGAUAAUCAGGUGGAAAAAAGCAAUAUCAAAUGGGCGACAAAAGAGCCUAUUUGGAAUGAGGAGUUUAUGAUAAAUGUGAAGCUACCUCCAUCAAAACUUUUGCAGAUUGCUGCAUGGGAUGCAAACCUUGUUACUCCACAUAAGCGCAUGGGGAAUGCUGGCAUUAGCAUUGAGUCUUUUUGCGAUGGAAGCUCCCAUGAGAUGCAAGUCGAUUUAGAGGGUAUAGGUGGUGGCGGGAAGAUACAAUUCGAGGUGAAGUACAAAAGCUUUGAGGAAUUGAAUGCUGAAAAACAGAAGUGGAAAAUACCCUUCAUAUCAGACUUUCUUAAAGUGAAUGGUCUUGAGUCUGCUUCUAAAAUGGUUCUUGGCGCUGAGAAUAUGCAAGCUCGCCAGUUUGUUGAGUCUGCCUUUGGGCAAUUAAGAUCAUUCAGUGGUAUUGAUCUUGGAAAAAAUCUGUUCUUAGAAGCUGAUAGUCAUGACACGCAAAAUUCUAUGAAGUCCACAAAUGUGGUUGGGGAUGAAAAUGGUGAUAGAAAUUCUCCUAAGGAGUUGGAGCCAGCCAGCUCUUUAGACAAUACUUGCAUUAUGGGAGCUUCUGGAGAUACCUCUGUCCAAGGAAGUUCAUCCAUGGAGUCCAAUCAAUCAUUUGAAGAUUUUUGGAAAAACUAUGCGAACUCUAUCAAUCAAACCAUGGAUAAUGUCAUUCUAAACAGGCUUAGUUUCCCAUCUUUCGAGAAAGUGCGUUGGGAUGGGAUAGAUGUAAUAAAGAAAAUUGGCUUACAGUCCCAGAGGGAUGCAGAUGCAAACUAUGUUGAAUCGGGACUAGCAACUCCUCAAAUUGAAGAGGAUAAAUCAUCGAGCGACCCUUCAUCUAUUGAGGUGGAGUUUCAGUCUUCCAUCAUGGAUAUGAGGAAAGCUUCUUCAGAAGCUAUGAGACAGAUGGAUAAUAUCCUUGGAGCACUGGUAGUUCUCACAGCUACAUUCUCUCAACUAAAAAAUAACUUGAAGGACGACAGUCAUGAUGAUGCUGAUGGUGAUGCUUCAGUCUCAGUGAAAGAUAAUCUCCCUGAGAGUUCUGGAAUGAAGGAUAAUCUCCUUGAGAUUUCUGAAACUAGAAAGGAAGAGAUAGUUUUGGGUGCAUCAGGUCUGGAUAAGAGUAGGGAAGAGGAGAUGAAAGCCUUGUUCUCCUCAGCAGAGAGUGCCAUGGAGGCGUGGGCUAUGCUCGCAACUUCCCUCGGUCGUCCAAGUUUCAUCAAAUCUGAAUUUGAGAAAAUUUGUUUCCUGGACAAUCCUUCCACUGAUACUCAGGUAGCCAUUUGGCGAGAUCCUCAGCGAAGAAGAUUGGUAAUUGCUUUUAGGGGAACUGAACAAGCAAAGUGGAAGGAUUUGUGGACUGAUUUAAUGCUAGUUCCUGCUGGGUUAAAUCCCGAGCGGCUAGGAGGCGACUUCAAGCAAGAAGUUCAGGUUCACAGUGGCUUCUUGAGUGCAUAUGAUUCAGUUAGAAAUCAAAUUCUCAAUCUCAUUAAAGUCUCAAUAGGUUUUGUUGAGGAUGAAUUCGAAAUGAAGUCCUCUUGGCAUGUUUAUAUUACUGGUCAUAGCUUGGGUGGUGCACUAGCCACCCUUCUAGCUCUUGAGCUUUCAUCAAGUCAAUUGGCAAAGUAUGAUGCCAUUAGAGUUACAAUGUACAACUUUGGUUCUCCUAGAGUUGGAAAUAAAAGAUUUGCCGAAAUUUAUAAUGAGAAAGUUAGGGACAGCUGGAGAAUAGUAAACCACCGAGACAUUAUCCCAACAGUUCCACGACUGAUGGGCUAUUGUCAUGUUGCUCAACCUGUUUAUUUUCGUACUGAUGGUCUAAAAGAUGUUCUGGCAAAUAUGGAGAUUAUGGGAGAUGGUUACCAAGGAGAUGUAAUCGGAGAGUCAACCCCAGAUGUUCUUGUCACUGAGUUUAUUAGACAUCUUUAGAUGAUCAUUUUGGAGACUUGAACUAUUGAGCGAGGUUGUGAAAAGAAUAAAGAAGAGCAGGUUGUAUCCUCAAUUUACUAUCCACCUCAGACACAUUUCAAGAAGACGCCGGACAUUGUAUCCCUUCUAGAUCUGCCUGCGACAAAUCAAGAUGAGUCUACAUCUUCUGAUUUUGAAUCCACAUACUCCUUUCCUGAUGAUCCUCACAAUUUCUUGCAGCUACUCGGUUAAAAUAUACUAUGGAAAUAAGUUUCUUAUCAGCACUUGACAGCUCACUGCACCUUCCUUGCUGCUAUUUUCUCUACUUUUAAGUCCAAAUUAUUAGAAAAAUAGCCUCUCAACAGUUUUUGAGGUGGCAUUAAGAAUAAGAAACCCAACGGUAUGUGGGUUCCAAUUCACAAAUUCUGAUAUUACUUGUCACCCAAAAGCCCGUCUCAUACCUGUAUACCCUUAUAGAUUCUUCCCCUUUAGAAUAUUUUUGUGAUGCAGCACCUUAGGGCAUAGUUCUUGCGAUCUAGAUUGAUGGAGGGAAAAAUUGUUUUUAUUUUUAUUCAACUUUAAAGGAUGUAUAUUAUAGUUUUCUUUUAGUACUUAUU